ACUUGAACGUUUGCAAGCACGACGCCACCCAGUGCCCGAAUAAGUGUGGCGCACAAAUUCCUCGCAUCAUGAUGACCGAUCACCUACAGUUCACCUGCAAUAUGCGACGCACAAAAUGCGAGUUCUGUCAAAGUGAAUUCUCUGGCGCUGGCCUCGAAGAGCAUGCCGGCACUUGCGGCCAAGAGCCCGUCUAUUGCGAGGCCAAGUGUGGUCAGCGUGUGCUGCGCGGUCGUAUGACGCUACACAAGUCAAAGGAUUGUGCCAAACGCUUGCGUCGUUGCAUACACUGCACACGCGAAUUCUCCUCCGACACACUACCGCUGCAUGCAGCCCAGUGCCCGCGUGCGCCUAUGACAUGUCCACAACGCUGUGAUGCAGGUCCAAUUGCACGCGGCGACAUGGAGGGGCACUUGCGUGAUGAAUGUAAGGCACUAGCGAUUGCAUGCAGUUUCAAGGAGGCCGGCUGUCGCUUCAAGGGACCACGUCACAUGCUCGAAGCUCAUUUGGAAGCAAAUGCAGCGUCACAUUUGUCACUCAUGGUGGCGCUCUCUUCACGCCAAGGACAACAAAUACAAAUGCUAAAGACCGCUGUUUCGAAGCUUUCGAUCAACUACACCGGCACGUUGCUGUGGAAGAUUACCGAUUGGUCGGCCAAAAUGACAGAGGCGCGCAGCAAAGAUGGACUUGAGUUGGUUUCGCCGCCAUUUUAUACCUCGCAAUAUGGUUACAAGUUACAGGCUUCAAUGUUUCUCAAUGGCAACGGACCGGGCGAGAACACGCACGUAUCGGUGUAUAUCAAAGUGCUGCCGGGCGAAUAUGAUGCGCUACUGAAAUGGCCAUUCUCGCACUCGAUCACAUUCACACUAUUCGAACAAGGCGCGCAGAGCGGACAGGGCGGUGUGGCUGAGUCGUUUGUGCCCGAUCCGACAUGGGAGAACUUCCAGCGGCCCUCGAAUGAACCGGAUCAGUUGGGUUUCGGCUUUCCACGCUUCAUUUCGCAUGAAAUGCUGCAUAGGCGACCUUUCAUCAAAGAGGAUACAGUAUUUUUGCGCGUUAAAGUGGAUCCCAGCAAAAUUGUGGCGGUCUAAGGGUUGGACGCUUUGACGAGUGUACAGUGCAGUUUUAAGUGCGUGUGUGAGUGUGUGUAUGUGUGUGCUGGUGCCAAGCGCAAAUUAACGUUUGGUGUAAAUCAUUUUUUUUUUAUAGACAUUCAAACAAAUACUGUGUAUUUAAAGUAGCAACUAGCAAAGUAAGUGAGUGUAAAAGACAAGAAAAAUUUAUAGUCUCAUGUCGACGAAGAAUACAGAUACGAAACAGAUAUGUAUGUAUGUAUGUACGUAGAACAAAAAAAUCGUUAGCUUCGCGAGCGUAGACUUAGCAGCUACAUUGCGCGCAAGCAUAGAGAGCAGUCUGACUAAGUAACGAAAGCUUGAAAGAGAAAGGAAAAAUCUUACGGUAUGUUGAAGAUUUUAAUUUCGUUAAGUGGACCAAUGCAAGUCAAUUUUAUAUAGGCAUAUACAUAUACAUACAUAUAAUUUAAAAAUCAUAUUUAAGUGGAUUUACUAAUUAUGUAAUUUUAAAUUUACUGCAAAUAGAUACGCAGUUUUCAAAAGCAACGAAAUCAGACCAAAGUUAAUGCAACGAAAAAAGCAGCAAGAAAAACUAAUAUAGAUUAGCAAUGUAAGCAGAUGACUCCGCAUGGAAAAUGGAAUUUGACAAACACAAAAGUUCGUGUCGUAAGUCUUUUGUUAUAAAUUAAAAAAAAAAAAAUGCAAUUUCCAUGAAUGAAAUUAAUUCAGUUCGUCAAAAAUGAAAAACUUUCGAAAGAUCUUCAUCGGUUUAAAUAAAUAUUUUUUUUUUUUUAGUUUUAAGUACGCAAGAAUGCGUGGAAAUUUAUUUUUAAAAUUUUACUGUUUGGUUUUUAUUUCUAAAAUUUGCGGUCAUUGAAGUACCCCCCGUGUAAAUAGCUCGAUAAUUUCAUACCAUUUGGAAGUCAGUAUAUGUAUAUUACGAACAUCUGAAUAAAUCAAAAUUUCGUUUUUUACUACAUAAAGUUUCAAAAUUGACACAAUGGCAAAUAUGUAUUUAGAUUUUCUCAAACAGCAUUAGUCAUUAGCUUUUAAGUUCAGUAGUGUCUGAGUAGCUCAUAAAAUCGCUUAUGUAUAUGAAAACAUUAAGUGCAUAUGAAUAUCUUUCAUUUCUAUUACAAACUAAUCAUUAAUAAUGGAAGAAAUUUUAAUCACAUAUCUUGGAAAAUACUAUGAAAAAAUAUCAUAUUAAACGCUCUUUAAGGCCAAAAACGUAAAUAAAAAAUUGUGUGUUUUAU